AUGCAUGCCAAAAGUGUUCUCGUCGGCCUGCUAGGCGUUACGGCUCUCGCCGACGCCUCGGUUAUUCGCCCGUUCGAUCAGAUAAUGAACCGAAGAGCGGCUCAAAGCCUUAAUGCCAGGCAAUUUGGUGGUGGUCAAUUUGGUGGUGGUCAAUUCGGUGGUGGCUUCGGCGGCAACUUUGGUCAGGGUGGUAACAACGGUCAGAAUAAGCAAGGCAACAACAAUGGCAACAACAACGCCAACAACAACAAGGGAUCGUUGACUUUGAACCAAAAUGCCGUUCAGACUGGUUCGCAAUCCAACGGUAACCCGAACACGCAGGAUGGUGAAUCGGCAUCCAAGACCGACAACUCCAACUUCAUCAACUUCUGUAGCGGUCAGACCUUGACGAACGGUCUUCAGCAAAAACAGGGGUCGUGUAACGGUAUUCCUAUGGGUAAAAUUCCUGCAACCACCAAGAUGGUUUCGAGUGUGCUGGUUAACCCUAAGCACAACGACAACCUCCAGGCCAACAAGGACUUUGAAAUCCAAGUUCAGGUUCAGAACUUUGCGCCUGGUACAUUCACAAAUGCCGCCAGCACGUACUACUCCGCGCCUCAAGAUCUGGACGGCCAAGGACGGAUCAUUGGUCACACUCACGUCACAGUCCAAGACAUGGGUAACUCAUUGAACCCUACCCAGCCUCUCGAUGCUACCAAGUUCGUUUUCUUCAAGGGUAUUAACGAUGCGGGUAAUGGCAAUGGACUCUUGUCGGCCAAGGUUACCGGUGGCUUACCUGCUGGUAACUACCGUGUGUGCACUAUGUUCGCUGCUGCUAACCAUCAGCCUGUUAUUAUGCCCGUUGCCCAACGAGGUGCCCAGGACGACUGCACCAAGUUCACUGUUGGUGGCAACGGCGGCAACAACAACAACAACGGCGGCAACAACAACAACGCUGGCAACAACAACAAUGCUGGCAAAGGCAAUGGUUUUGGUGGCAAAGGCCAAGGCUCAAGUAAUGCGAACACAAAUACAGGUACUGGCGGUAAUGCUAACGGCAAAACCCAACAGACUAAGAACCUUGGCGGCGCACCUCCGAGCAUAACAAACUCCGGAGAUGCUAGCAGGCCGUUUGCUGUCAACGGGAACACGUUUGUAAACCAAGCUGCUGCUAAACAAAGGGCUUGCGAUAUACAAAACAACAAGUGCAGCGAUGCAGCGAACGCUGGUGCUAGUUUCAAGCUUUCGGAUUGCCAAGCGCAAUUCCAAACUUGCCUCAAGUCAUAG